UACGUUUGUGCCCUAAUCGUAUCCAAGAUCUCUUGCUGUCUCUCUCUUCUGCAGCGAACUACAAAGUAGAAAUAGGAACAAAACAAUAGGCUUUCCGAAAUCUCAGUGAAGGCCCCGACAUGGAUAGAGCUUCUGAGAAAGACAAAUCAAGUAGGGAUUACAGAGACAAACACCGUAGCUCCAAGGAUAAGCACUAUGAAGAUGAUCAUCGCCAUCAUCACCAUCGUUCGAAGCAUCGAUCCGAAGACGGCCACCACCGAUCUGAGAGAGAGGGGAGCCGAGAAAGAGCUCAUUAUCACGAUAGAAAGGAGGAAUCCGUGGAGAAAAAGCAUUCGCAUAAGAGGAAAGACCGAGCAGAAAGUGCGGAUAGAAGCAAUGCGGAUGACAAGAGAGCUAGAGUUUCUGACAACAAGAAGGAGAAGAGGAGGACUGAGGAUGAGAAUGGUAGGGAUAAGCAGAGAGUUGAUGAUGGAGAUUGGAGGGAUAAGGAUGAGGAGAGAAGAGAGAGGAGGAGGUUUGAGGAUAAAGCAAAGGAGGAGGAUGUGGAAGUUGAUGAAGAAAGGAGGAGAGGUGGAUUUGAAAUUACAACUUCCAAGAAAGAGACAAAGGAGGAGCCAACUGAUCAUGUCCAGGAUGAGGCUGUUGGUUCCAUUGCUAAGAUUCCUGGGAAAUCUAGUACAGAUGGGACAGCUUCUGGUGCUGGCAAGAGUGGGAGCUUAUCUCUUGAUGCUUUAGCAAAAGCGAAGAGAGCUUUACAAAUGCGAAAGGAGUUGGCUGAAAAGCUUAAGAAGAUACCUGCACUAAACAAGAAUAAGGGCCCCAACUUUACUAGAGAGGGACUUCCACAGGUGGGAGCCAAGGAGAGCCUUCAACCUUCAGCUAAUGCAGCGAUUUUUCCCACUCCAGUUGCAUCUUCUGAUGCAGGGGUAUUGCUAACACCUGGUUCAGCACCAAGCACAUCAAAUCCACCACCCAGUGGUUUGCCUCAUCUUGUGGGGCUCACAGCACAAAAGUAUGAAGCGGUAAAGCGUGCACAAGAGCUUGCUUCUAAGAUGGGAUUCCGACAGGACCCAGAAUUUGCUCCCCUCAUUAACAUGUUUCCAGGGCAAAUGCCACCAGAGGUUACCCUUCAGCCAAAGCCUGCAAAAGCCCCUGUUCUUCGAUUGGAUGCCCUAGGCAGGGAAAUCGAUGAGCAGGGAAAUAUUGUCAAUAUGCCUAAGCCAUCUAGCACCCUUAAGGUGAACAUCAAUAAAAAGAAACAAGAAGCAUUUCAAAUUCUCAAACCUGAACUUGAGGUUGAUCCUGAGAAAAAUCCCCAUUUUGAUCCAAGCAUGGGCAUUGACAAGAACAAAAUUUUGAGGCCCAAGAGGAUGACAUUUCAGUUUGUGGAGGAAGGCAAAUGGUCCAGAGAUGCAGAAAUAAUCAAGUUAAAGAGCCAAUUUGGUGAAGCAAGAGCCAAAGAGCUAAAGGCAAAGCAAGCACAGUUGACCAAGGCUAAAGCAGAGCCUGACAUAAAUCCGAAUCUCAUUGAGGUAUCGGAAAGGGUUAUCGCCAAGGAAAAACAGAAGGAACCUAUUCCUGAAGUUGAGUGGUGGGAUGCUCCUCUGUUACGAUCUGGUUCUUAUGGUGAUAUAGUUGAUGGUAAUGUAACUAAUGAGCAGUUGAAGAUUGAAAAGAUCACCAUAUAUGUUGAACACCCUCGCCCUAUUGAGCCUCCUGCUGAACCAGCUCCACCUCCUCCCCAACCGUUGAAACUAACCAAAAAGGAGCAAAAGAAACUUCGAACCCAGCGAAGAUUGGCCAGAGAGAAAGAAAGACAAGAAAUGAUACGACAAGGCCUGGUAGAACCACCAAAGCCGAAAGUUAAAAUGAGCAAUCUAAUGAAAGUUCUUGGCUCAGAAGCCACACAGGAUCCUACAAAGCUUGAAAUGGAGAUUAGAAGUGCUGCUGCUGAGCGUGAGCAGGCUCAUGUGGACAGGAAUAUUGCUCGUAAGCUUACUCCUGAUGAGCGUCGAGAGAAGAAAGAGAGGAAACUUUUUGAUGACUCAAAUAUCGCUCCAGAGAGUAUUGUUUCAGUAUAUAAAAUUAAUGACCUCUCCCACCCACAAACCCGCUUCAAGGUGGAUGUUAACGCUCAGGAGAAUCGUUUGACUGGGUGUGCAGUGAUCUCAGGAGGUAUUAGUGUUGUUGUUGUUGAAGGUGGGAAAAAAUCAAUCAAGCGAUAUGGGAAACUUAUGCUUAGGAGAAUUGAUUGGGCAGCUGCUGGUAAGAAAGAAGAUGAUGAAGGUGAAGGUGAAGGUGAAGGUGAAGAUGAAGAUAAGCCUCUCAACAAGUGUGUGUUGGUCUGGCAAGGUAGUGUUGCAAAAUCAAGCUUCCAUAGGUUUUUUGUUUUUGACUGCAGGACUGAAGCUGCUGCUCGUAAAGUUUUUGUUGAUGCUGGGGUUCCUCAUUACUGGAAUCUUGCUGUAAACUUUAAAGAUGACGAAUUUUAAUUAAUUUGAACGUCCUGCUGUCUCUGCUAAACCUGAUUUUCUAGUCUCAUGCUGUUCUAUUGCAAUUGGGGUGCUCUUAUUGUGGAAUGAUGUUGGAGGAGAAGAAAAGUGAAUACUUCAAGGACACUUGUAAUUUCAUGUUCUUAAAGGAGCACUUACUACUCUUAACCUGUGCUGUCCAAGGCAGGGAUGGUUGUGGAACCGUGAUCGGCGUCUUCCACUAUUUUGAGUAGAUUCUACUUGUUAUUAUGUACUCCAACUACUCGUAGUUCAAGAUACACCUUUCUUUUUUGAACAAUGUGUAACAACCACUUUUUUUCCGAGCUGAGCUAAUCUAGUGCACAACUCCAUCAGCAUCUGGUGACUACCAGGCGGUCGAUAAAGGGUGUUAGGUGUUAGUGUGCUUGAAGCUGAAUGUUUUCUAUAUAUGUCUGUCCUUUUCUUUGUUCCGAUGCAAUGAGUUGCUUCCUUUUGUUCGAUAUUACUUAUUAGAUGUAAUAACUGUUGGUACGUUUGUUUGUAUCAAUUGGCAAACAGUAGCUUUAAA